GCAAUGGAAAAAACAACUGAGAGACAGACACAAAGACAACAAAAGAUAAACUGACACAAAAAAUACAUUCAGGAAGAGUGUGACCAGGACCAGGACUCAGCUGACCCAGAAAAGGACCAAUACAGAGGAGCACUGAACCACGAUGGACUAUGAACCCAAGAAAUCCAAGAAGGGUUUUGUCUCUCCGAUUAAGCGUCUGGUCUGGUCAAAAUCUAGUCGCAGGCCGGUGGAUCGAGGCAGCGUUUACCGCCGCCCGCUGCACACCGUCCCUCUCUACCCUCCGGACUACCUCAUCCACCCUGAGAGGCUCAUCUUCGACUACGUAGAGAAGGAGGUCAAGUUCCUUGGUCACCUGACCUGGGUGUCGGUUUCACUGAACCCUUCCAGCCGAGACGAGCUGCUACAACUACUGGACACAGCCAGGCAGUUGAAGGUGCUGCCACUGAAGACUAGUAUGGAUCAGGACUGUAUCCUGAGUCUGUCUGCUCGCUGUCUGCUGCUGACGUGGAGAGACAACGAGAAGCUGCUGGUGAGGAUUCCCACGCAUGAGAUUGCUGCUGCCUCCUACCUGAGAGACGACGCACUGCACCUGCUGGUCCUCAAGACAGGUCUGAACGUGGACACAGUGGUUGCCGGAGACGACAGCCUGGACAGGAAAAAAACAACAGGCAUAGAUGGCCGACGUCAAACCAUGAGCUGCAAUGCUGACCCUCGGCCUGCAGGGGGCACAAUGGAGCGACGACACACCAUCUGUGGAGUCGACUGGAGGCCGUCACUGUCCAGGAGUAACCACGACAAAAACCAAAAUGUGGAAAGAGGGGGAGGGGGAGAGAGAGGAGGUGGAGGGGGAGAGAGAGGAGGAGGAGGGAGCUUAGAGAGGAAGAGAGUGGGAGGGAGCUGGGAGAGGAGGCAGCAAACACGUAAAACAGGAGGGAGCUGGGAGAACCGCAGAGCGAGACCCAUGAGCGGGAGCUGGGGGGUGGGAGUAGGAGGAGGUGGUGGAGGGAGCUGGGAGAAGAGGCAUGGGGGAGGAGGUGUUGGAGGAGGUGGGAGCUGGGAGAGGAGAGGAGGAGGUAGUGGAGGAGGUGGGAGCUGGGAGCGGCGCCAAGCCUGCACGGGAAGCUGGGAACGGGGGAAGAGCUACGGCAGCUGGGAGAGGAGGAACCACAACCCACUGGAGCCGACGCCCUGCCCUGACGCAUACUGCAACCUGGUCAUCCUGGCUGUGGAAAACAGGGAUGCUGCAGAGGAGUACUGUUCUCUGAUCUGUCAGAUGUUCCAGAUCAUUUACGGCCAUCAGACGAUCGAGUGUGUCGACAGAGCUGGGUUUCACCACUCCGUGCCGGAUCGCUACUGGCUGCAGAGGAGUGACAGCUGUCUGACUGACAUGUCCUACAGCUAUGAUCCAGAGUUCAGCUGCUGCAGCUCAUAUGACGGUUCCCAGGAUGCCUUUGAGCUCUACUACAGUGAGACAUACAGUGAGAGUUCGUCUGUUUCGCUGCAGGACUCCCAUCGCAGUCUGGCGUCAGCCAGCGAUGGAGGAGACAGUAACCCCGCCCUGCUGCUGAUGCAGGAGUACAUGAUUACUCUGCGUAACAAGCUGAGUCCGGUGGAGUUGCAGCACUUUGCGGUGUUGCUGAGAGAAUACAGACUGGGAUCAAACAUCGACCACUUCUGCUCCGAGCUGCUGCAACUGUACGGAGACAACCGCAAGUUCCUGCUGAUGGGCAUGCGUCCAUUCAUCCCAGACAAGGAUGUUGGGGUGUUUGAGAGUUUCCUGGAGAGCAUUGGGAUCCGGGAGGGUGGGAUUUUGACUGACAGCUUUGGACGCAUCAAACGCAGCAUGAGCAACAUGUCGGCUACGGCCAUGAGAGACAGGUAUGACAACUGCUCUGUGUCAGGAUCUCAGGAAUUCAAUCGACGCAUUACUGACAUUACCCACGACAUCGAGACGCUCGGCUUCCAGGACACACACGGAGACAUUGAGGAGGAGGACUACUACCUUUGAUGGAGGGAAACAGAGGUUUUGAUUUCUCAAUGAAUUCAGGCAGUGUUUGAAGUUUUAAUUUUGCCCACGUGCACCUGAGCAACAGCAGCAGUUUCCAGAUAUGUAAAAAAUAAAUUGUCGGACAGUGGUAGCCUUUUUGAUGUUUUAAACGGCACUUCCUGCUCUAUGUACAGACAGAAAAGCAGACAAUAAAUAAGACCAGCAAGUCAGUGAAAUUAAACAACAGUAAGAAAGUUAUUUUAUAGAAAACUAAAGCUGUCAAAUUAAUUUUAACUUAAGUAAAAUAUGAAAUAUUUCAAUGUUAUCAUACAGUAAAUGCACAGCAAAACUAGGAUCAAACAAUGCAAAUGUUAUUUUAAGUUCCAUAAUUUAAAAUGCAUCAUUGCUGCUAAAAUGAAAAUUAAAACUCCACUGACUUGUGUAUUUUCUAUGUAUUUCAUACGAAUAAAAAACUGAAUCUGAAUUAAA